AUGACAGCUUAUUUUUCAUCCGUAUUUUCCAUUGUAAUAAUUUGUUUUCAUUGUAAAAUCAUCUCCACGCAAGAUGAUGUAAGUAAUCUUACUUCUAACUAUCUCGGUGCCGAUCAAAACCGCGAUUCUAUUACUCCCAAUACCAGUCAUAACGGCAGCGCAAAAAGUGAUGAUCAAAGCUUACGUGUAAUAGGAGGAUAUCAAUGUUCAACAAGAGAACAUGGUUUUAUGGCAAUGUUGCUAGAACAAACUAAUAAUGGUAGAUGGCUCAGACCAUGCGGAUGUUCCAUCAUACAACCGAAAUGGAUAUUGACCGCUGCUCAUUGCAUCAGAUAUAUUGAGAGAAAGUAUGCAGUAACAGUAGGUAUGCAUACAAAACGUAGAAAAGUUUUAGCCAGAAGACACAUAGUACAUCCCGAUUUUGACCCCAAAACUUUUUUAAAUGAUAUUGCCCUAUUAGAAUUGGAGGAUUCUCUCAGUGAAAUAGACGGAAUCAAAUUUGUUAAACUCAAUACAGCUUCUAAUGGUGAGCUUGAUCCCAUUUGCAAGGUAGCUCUGGUAAUUGGGUGGGGCAUAACGGGAGACAACAGACUUGCUGAGCUAGACGAUCUACAAUGCGCAGAUAUUCCAAUGUUGUCUUCUCAAGAAUGUGCGAAAAAGUUCAGACAGCAUCAUAAAAUUUACUUGCCACGUAAUCAAAUUUGCACGCUGUCUACAGAAGGAAUUGACGCAUGCCAAGGAGAUUCUGGCGGACCACUAUUAUGUGACUCGACUCAAAUUGGUAUUGUUUCAUGGGGGAUUAGUUGUGCUGAACCAACUAAUCCAGGAGUAUAUACUGAUGUUGGCAAAUAUUUGCCGUUUAUUGCCAAAUAUUUAGACUUGGAUAGUGAACCGAGAGCUGAAGGCUCUUUGAAUUCUAGGUGUACGAUUUACGUCAAUUUUAUUUGCUGUGCUUUACUAAUUUAUUAUUGGAAAUUAACAGAAAUAUUACUUUGAUGUGAAACUUACUUUCACAAUACAUAAUAAAUC